AUGCUGAAGCUGGCGCUAGCCAAGUCCGUCGUCGAGACCAAGAUGGUGCAGACGACCGCACUGCCGCAGGGCGCCGUGUUCUACCCGACGCUGGAGCAGUUCGCAGACCCCAUCAAGUACAUCGCCAGCAUCGAGCGCGAGGCCGCCAAGACGGGUAUCUGCAAGAUUGUGCCACCUCAAGGCUGGAGACCGCCGUUCGCAAUCGAGUUCGAGGACGAGCGCGUGGAGUUCGAGACGAGAAAGCAGAAAAUUCACGAACUGCAGGAAGGGCACGCGUAUGGGAACGGCCGUACGCACACAUUCAAGUCGUUCCGUGCUAAUGCCGACGCGUUCCGGGACCGCUGGUUCCGAUCGAGGGGAUUGGACCCGGAGACGAUGUCGUCCGAUCAGAUUGAGCAAGAGUACUGGCGGGUUGUUCAGACGGGGGAGCCCAACGUUGAGGUGGAAUAUGCCAACGAUCUUGAUAUCUCCCAGGUCGGGAGAAAAGAGAAGGUUGACUUCUCAAAUCCAGAGUACUACAGAAAUACGGGAUGGAACUUGAACAACCUGCCAGACGCAUACGGCUCACUGCUUCGGCACUUGGGCGCCGCGAUCAAUGGCAUCAACGUGCCGUGGCUGUACUGCGGCAUGCUGUUCGCGUCAUUCUGCUGGCACGCAGAAGAUAACUACAUGUCCAGUAUCAACUACCAGCACUUCGGCGCCAAGAAGCGGUGGUACGGCAUUCCCUCUUCGGACGCCGAAAGGUUUGAGGCGGUCAUGCGGACUCAGGUGCCUGCGCGUUUCCGCGAAAACCCAGACUUGCUGCUUCACUUGACUACGAUGGUGCCGCCAUCGGUCUUAAAAGAUCGCGGUGUCAAGGUCUUCACUGUCGUGCAACAACCCGGUGAAAUCAUCCUUACGUUUCCCAAGGCGUACCAUAGCGGCUUCAGCGAAGGUUUCAACUGCAAUGAAGCAGUGAACUUUGUUCUUCCCAACUGGAUCGACUACGGAAGGGAAUGUGUCGAGAUGUACCGCAAGUAUGGACGAGUCUCGAUCUUCUCCCACGAUCGCUUCAUUUUCCAUUUUGGAUCGACGCAAAACUUAGACGAGUACUCGGUCGGGGACUGCGAGAUGUUGCUGAAGGAGUUGCGGCGUCUGUUCCACGAGGAGAGGAACUACAAGAAGGCGUUUUUGGCUGAGGGGCUGGAAAAUGUGGAGGAGCUCAGCGGUGAUGUCAUGCUGGACGAGCAAUCGAUGGAGGUGGACGACGUGCGGCAGUGCUUCCAGUGCAGACACAACGUGUUCUUUUCGGGUGUGAUCUGCUCCUGCAAUCCCGGUCGACUGUCGUGUUUGCGGCACGCGAAGCACAUGUGCAGCUGUCCGAUGCAAAACCGGACCCUGCUACAGUGGGUGGGGACGGCUGAACUGCGUUAUGCGAUCCGACGUGUGCAGACAAAGAUGCGUGCGCUGAAAGAGCGAGCUGGCGAGCAG